AUGGCCAGUGUGAAAGCUUUUUCUUGUGUUUUGCUCCUUGUUCUCUUUUUCUCAGUCGAUGUUGAAGGAUAUAAUGUAGAGAGUGGUUCAUUGUGUUGUAAUAGCCACCCGAAAUUUGGAAAGUGCAAUACAAACAAUGACAAGGAGAGAUGCAACAGUUGGUGUCGCGAUGGCUGCAGCAACGGAAAAGGCGGUUUCUGCAAACCUAUGUCUCACGGAGGACAAUGCCACUGCUACUGUUAA